UUAAUCCCUCUUCUCUUUUCCCUCCUCCUCCUCCUCCGUAAACCCUAAACCCUAGCUACCAUUUUCGAAGCAAAACCCCUUCCAUUAAUGGCGGAGCCCGGCGAUCUCCGCCUCCACCGCUACCCGCAAUCCAAAUCCGUCGACGCCGUGCGGUGGCUCCCCUCCGCCUCCGCCUUCGGCCGCCUCGUCGCCGUCGCCGUCCACGACCCCGACGCCGACCCCGCCGCCGCCUCCGCCCUGGAGAUCCACUCCCUCUCCCCAACCCAAGCGACCUCCCCCCUCUGCCUCCGCUCCUCGUGGCCCUCCCCCUCCCGCAUCGCCGCGCUCCGCGCCUCCCACCUCCCCCACAACCCCCUCGCCGCCGCCGCCGCCGCAUCCACCCUCGGCGGCUCCCUCCACCUGCUCCUCGUCGACCUCGUCAAUGGCGCCGUCGACACCGAGCUCUCGAUCUCCGGAGACCGGUCGUUCCACGCGGGGCCGGUGACGGGGCUGGACAUGCAAAUCGGCGGCGGCGAGUGCGUCACGGCGGGGGAGGAUGGGAGGGUGAACGUGGUGGGCGCGGGGGAGGGGAGGAUGGAGCACCGGAGGGUCCACGAUAGCAACGGGUUGGCGUCGUACACGGCGGCGAGGUGGGGGUCCCCCGCGGAGUUUGCGACGGGCGGAGUGGGGUUCGGCGUGCGGUGGUGGGAUCAGCGGAAGCCCGAGGGAUUGGUGGCCCAAUUCAAGGGUAGCUGGGGAAGAGGUAGUGUCACUGGCAUGGUGCAUUCAAUUGACAUCCAUCCAUCGCGAAAGCAUAUAUGUAUAGUGGGGGGCUCUUCUGGAACUGUAUUUGCUUGGGAUCUUCGUUGGCAGCAGCAGCCGAUCCUACUCUCUGGAGUUGGUCUUAAUGGGACGGACCAACCAGUCUCCGAGAGCGAGGUGUGGGAGGUUCAGUAUGACAGCUACACUCAAUCUUCUGGAAUUACCUCAGCUCCGUCGACGAAAAUUUUACCUGUUAUGGUGUGCUCAGAAGAUGGGAUCCUUGCAGUUCUUGAACAAGGUGAAGAUCCUGUUGAGCUAUUAGCUGAGCCAUGUGCUAUCAAUGCCUUUGACAUUGAUCCUCAAAAUCCUUCUGAUGUGGUUUGUGCUCUGGAAUGGGAAAGCAUGGCGAUUUUAUCACGUGGAAGAGACGUGGUGGCUAUUCAAUAAACACAACUUCGAUUUUUUUUUUCUUUCUUUUUUCUUUUCUUAUCUUCUGCAUAUUUCGGCAUGGAGGAUGCUCUCACGGCAGGCGCGAUCAGGACAUGUUCAUCUCUAAAAGAGUAUUGGGAUCUUUGUUUGUUUUAUAAAUUACUGAUGAAUGUAAGCUUUUAAACUUUAUUCUUCGGUAGCCGAGAACUCAAAUUACACUGUAUAAUCUGCCGAGUAUGCAGAUAUUUUAGAAGGAUAAGGAAUCUCCCAUUAUUAUAAUUUUGUGAAAAUUUUUGAUGGCAUUACAGACAUUUCAAGAA